GCCAGAAGAAACCUUGCAUUUUGUCGUCGAGAUAUCUCGCUGCUGGCUUAAAAAGAGAUUCCAAAUAACGGACUUUUCCCCAAAAAUGGGGUUACGUUACGCUGAAAAUGUGUUUUGAGCAGAUUGGCGGACCGAUUACAAAGGAGGAAUUUUGACGAGAGACAAAAUACCUCACUGCAGUAUUUUCCGUUUUUCCUCGGUGGCUUUGGCCCGCUUACGCGAAUGCGCCGGACUCCUUGCUUUUUAUGGAUGCAAGUUUUUAACCAAAUAUUUUUGUCUGAAAAUUUGGCACGAGUCCAUUUGGCAGCUUUAUGGAAAAGCCGCAAAUGUCGUUGGUUUAACCAAUGAUCUCUUCAGCCGUCGAUUUCGUAAUCGUUACAUUGAUGAAAUCAAGAUUUGGCUGCCGUGGAGGGUACAUAACAGAGGAAGAAGUUGCUGCAGGAUGAAAACAUGGCUGCACCCCUUAUUGCACCGCCAGGACCUGACAGCUUCAAAUACUUUACCAGGGAAAGUCUGGUUGAAAUUGAAAAGCGCAUCGCUGAGGAGAAAGCCAAGCCGCCACCUAAGCCAGACAGCAGUUACCGUGACGACGAUGACGAGAACAAGCCCAGACCCAACAGUGACUUGGAGGCGGGCAAAAGUCUGCCAUUCAUCUAUGGAGACAUCCCUCCUGGCAUGGUGGCAACACCACUGGAGGACUUGGAUCCCUUCUACAUGAAUAAGAAAACAUUUAUAGUGCUAAAUAGAGGGAAAACAAUCUUCCGCUUUAGUGCCACACCUGCCUUGUACACAAUAAGCCCUUUUAAUCUUGCUAGGCGAAUAGCUAUUAAAAUUUUGAUACAUUCAGUAUUCAGCAUGUUCAUUAUGUGUACAAUUUUGACCAACUGUGUGUUCAUGACUUUUAGUAAUCCUCCCGAGUGGUCCAAACAAGUAGAGUACACCUUCACUGGAAUUUAUACGUUUGAAUCAGGUGUAAAAAUCAUUGCCCGUGGAUUCUGUAUAGAUGACUUCACAUUCCUAAGAGAUCCAUGGAACUGGCUGGAUUUCAUGGUCAUCUCUAUGGCAUAUGUAACAGAGUUUGUGGACCUGGGGAAUGUAUCUGCGCUGAGAACGUUCAGAGUUCUCCGAGCAUUGAAAACUAUCUCUGUCAUUCCAGGUCUGAAGACCAUUGUUGGCGCCUUGAUACAGUCGGUAAAGAAACUGUCAGAUGUGAUGAUCCUCACAGUCUUCUGCCUCAGUGUCUUUGCCCUCAUCGGUCUGCAGCUCUUCAUGGGAAAUCUGCGACACAAGUGUGUCAUCUGGCCCAUCAACAUCACAGAAAACUAUGAGGCCAAUGGCACCCGUGCUGUCAGCUUUGAUGACUAUAUCAAGAAUGAAACCAACUACUACUUCCUGCCUGGCCAGUUGGAUGCUCUCCUAUGUGGAAAUGGUUCUGAUGCAGGUCGUUGUCCUGAAGGCUACACAUGCAUGAAGGCUGGUCGCAAUCCAAACUAUGGCUACACCAGCUUUGACAGUUUUGGCUGGGCUUUCCUGGCACUGUUUCGUCUCAUGACGCAGGACUUCUGGGAGAACUUGUACAUGCUGACCCUGAGAGCAGCAGGAAAGACCUACAUGAUUUUCUUUGUGCUGGUGAUCUUCGUCGGCUCAUUCUACCUUGUGAAUCUGAUCCUGGCUGUGGUGGCCAUGGCAUAUGAGGAGCAGAACCAGGCCACUAUGGAAGAGGCGGAAAAAAAGGAGGCGGAGUUUAAAGAAAUGCUGGAAGCGCUGAGGAAACACCAGGAAGAAGUACAGGCCAAUGCCAUGGCGACUUCGGCGGGUACGGUGUCUGAAGACGUGGUGGAGGAUGAUGGUGAUGAAGGCGGGAACUUGUCCUGCAGCUCAUCCGAGAUGUCUAAACUCAGUUCCAAGAGUGCCAAAGAGCGACGCAACCGCAAGAAAAAGUGGCGACAGAAAGAGCAGGAAAAGGAGAAAGGAGACAGUGAGAAGUUUGUUAAAUCUGAAUCAGAUGAUGGGAGCAGACGGAGCAGAUUUCGUUUCCCUGACAACCGGUUAGGGCGCAGGAGCUCUGUAAUGAACCAGUCUCUGCUUAGCAUCCCCGGCUCCCCGUUUGCUUCGAGGCGCAACAGUAAGAGCAGCAUCUUCAGCCGAUGUAAGGACGGAGGCUCGGAGAACGAGUUUGCGGACGAUGAGCACAGCACGGUAGAAGAGUAUGACGAGCGGCGCGAUUCCUUCCUAAGCCCUCAACGUCGCAACAGCUACACCGGAUACUACAGCAAGCGCAACAGCGCUGUGAAUUGCAAUGGAGUGGUGUCUCUCAUCGGCCCCGGGCCUGGCGGACGCCUACUGCCUGAGGUGAUAAUAGAUAAGGCAGCUACUGACGACAGUCCAACGACUGAUGUUGAAAUUAGAAAGAAACUAUCCGGCUCUCUAAUGGUUUCCGUGGAGCAACUUAAUGCAUCGUUCGGCCGCCAAGAGCGAGCCAACAGCGUCAUGAGCGCUGUAACCAACACAUUGGUUGAGGAACUGGAAGAGUCUCAAAGGAAAUGUCCACCGUGCUGGUACAAGUUUGCCAACAUCUUCCUUAUUUGGGAAUGCGGCCCUGUUUGGAGGAAGAUUAAGGAGAUAGUGAAUCUGAUCGUAUUUGACCCGUUUGUGGACUUGGCCAUCACCAUUUGCAUUGUGCUCAAUACCCUCUUCAUGGCCAUGGAGCAUUACCCUAUGACGAGUAAAUUUGAACAUGUGCUGAGUGUUGGAAACCUGGUGUUUACUGGUAUCUUCACUGCCGAAAUGUUUGCCAAACUGGUUGCAAUGGACCCUUACUACUACUUCCAAGAGGGCUGGAACAUCUUUGAUGGCUUCAUUGUGAGCUUGAGUUUGAUGGAGUUGGGCUUGGCCAACGUGGAAGGUCUUUCUGUGCUGAGAUCCUUCAGAUUGCUGAGAGUGUUCAAGCUGGCUAAGUCAUGGCCCACACUUAACAUGCUGAUUAAGAUCAUUGGAAACUCAGUGGGCGCUUUGGGAAACCUGACCUUGGUGUUGGCCAUCAUUGUCUUCAUCUUUGCUGUGGUGGGCAUGCAGCUGUUUGGGAAGAGCUACAAGGACUGUGUGUGUAAGAUCGCUAGAGAUUGUGAGCUUCCUCGCUGGCACAUGAACGACUUCUUUCACUCUUUCCUGAUCGUCUUCCGGGUACUGUGUGGUGAGUGGAUCGAGACCAUGUGGGACUGUAUGGAGGUGGCCGGACAAGGCAUGUGUCUCAUUGUCUUCAUGAUGGUCAUGGUUAUAGGGAACUUGGUGGUCUUGAACUUGUUUCUUGCCUUGCUGCUGAGCUCGUUCAGUGCCGACAACCUUGCGGCUUCCGAUGACGACGGCGAGAUGAACAACCUGCAGAUCGCAGUUAUUCGCAUUCAUAAGGGAAUAGCAUGGGUGAAGGCCAAAGUACGAGAAGUGGUGAACAUCGUCCUCAGGAGGAAGGCCACAGAGGAGGCCAAGCCGCUGGACGACAUGUAUGACAGGAAACUCAACUGCAUUGCCAAUCACACUGGUGUGGACAUCAGCCGUGACCUGGACUAUCAGAAGAACGGCAACGGCACUACUAGCGGCAUUGGUAGUAGCGUGGGCAAAUACAUGAUUGAUGAUGACCACAUGUCCUUCAUCCACAACCCCAACCUGACUGUGUGCGUUCCAAUUGCUGUGGGAGAGUCAGACUUUGAAAAUCUCAACACGGAAGAUUUCAGCAGCGAGUCUGAAGCUGAAGGCAGCAAAGAAUUGGAUGAUAUCAGCUCAUCAGAAGGCAGCACCAUAGAUAUUAAACCAGAGGUGGAAGAAGCAGUGGUAGUGGAGGCAGUAGAAGAGUAUGUGGACCCUGAAGCUUGCUGGACUGAAGCUUGUAUUGCUCGCUACAAGUGUUGUGAUGUGCCCAUCACCGAAGGCUGGGGCAAGUACUGGUGGUUCCUCAGAAAAACCUGCUAUCUCAUUGUGGAGCACAACUGGUUUGAGACCAUCAUCAUCUUUAUGAUUCUCCUCAGUAGUGGAGCACUGGCCUUUGAGGAUGUGAACAUUGAACAGAGGAAAACUAUCCGGAUCAUCCUGGAGUAUGCUGACAAGGUCUUCACCUACAUCUUCAUACUAGAGAUGUUGUUGAAAUGGGUGGCCUAUGGUUUUUACAAGUACUUCACCAAUGCUUGGUGCUGGCUGGAUUUCUUCAUUGUUGACGUGUCUAUAGUCAGCCUUAUAGCUAAUGCGCUGGGCUACUCCGAUCUAGGGCCCAUUAAAUCACUCAGGACACUAAGGGCCCUGAGACCCCUCAGAGCAUUGUCACGUUUUGAAGGGAUGAGGGUGGUAGUCAACGCCCUGGUGGGUGCCAUCCCUUCCAUUAUGAAUGUGUUGCUGGUUUGCCUCAUCUUUUGGCUGAUUUUCAGUAUCAUGGGUGUCAACAUGUUUGCGGGCAAGUACUACUAUUGCUUCAACGAGACGGAUGAAAGUUACUUCCUGCCCGAUGUGGUCAACAACAAAUCACAAUGCGAAGAUCUGAUCCAUCAGAACUUUACAGAAGUACGCUGGAAAAACGUCAAAAUCAACUUUGACAACGUGGGCGCUGGUUACUUGGCUCUCCUACAAGUGGCAACAUUCAAGGGAUGGAUGGACAUUAUGUAUGCAGCAGUUGAUUCACGAAGGGUGGAAGAUCAGCCAGUGUAUGAGGACAACAUCUACAUGUACAUCUACUUCGUCAUCUUUAUCAUAUUUGGCUCUUUCUUCACCCUAAACCUCUUCAUUGGUGUCAUCAUCGAUAACUUCAAUCAGCAGAAGAAAAAGUUUGGAGGUCAAGAUAUCUUUAUGACAGAAGAACAGAAGAAGUACUACAAUGCUAUGAAGAAGCUUGGCUCAAAGAAGCCUCAGAAACCCAUACCUAGACCCCAGAACAUGCUCCAGGGGAUGGUGUUUGACUUUGUGACACAGCAGGUCUUUGACAUUUCAAUCAUGAUCCUCAUUUGUUUGAACAUGGUCACCAUGAUGGUCGAGACCGACGAUCAGUCAGAUGAGACUGAGAACAUCCUGUACUGGGUCAACUUUAUCUUCAUUGUUGCCUUCACUACGGAGUUCGUCCUCAAGCUCUUUGCAUUGCGUCAUUAUUACUUCACCAAUGGCUGGAACAUCUUUGAUUGUGUUGUAGUCAUUCUCUCUAUUGUGGGUAUGUUCCUGGCAGACUUGAUUGAAAAGUACUUUGUGUCACCCACAUUGUUCAGGGUAAUCCGUCUAGCUCGAAUCGGACGUAUCUUGCGUCUGAUCAAAGGGGCAAAGGGUAUUCGGACCUUACUGUUUGCCCUGAUGAUGUCACUGCCCGCCCUGUUCAACAUCGGCCUUCUUCUUUUCUUGGUCAUGUUUAUCUUUUCUAUCUUCGGCAUGUCAAACUUUGCCUACGUAAAACGAGAGGCCGGCAUCGAUGACAUGUAUAACUUUGAAACAUUUGGAAAUAGCAUGAUCUGCCUGUUCAUGAUAACCACAUCAGCAGGGUGGGACGGUCUUCUGGCUCCCAUUCUUAACUACCCACCGGAUUGUGACCCAAAUAAAGAGAAUCCUGGUACCUCGGUGAAAGGUGACUGCGGAAACCCUUCAGUGGGCAUCUUCUUCUUUGUCAUGUACAUCAUUGUCUCUUUCCUCAUUGUGGUCAACAUGUACAUUGCCAUCAUUCUGGAGAACUUCAGCGUUGCCACAGAGGAGAGCGCUGACCCGCUAUGUGAGGACGACUUUGAGUCCUUCUAUGAGAUCUGGGAAAAGUUCGACCCUACUGCCUCCCAAUUUAUCACCUUUGCCAAGCUGGGUGACUUUGCCGACACUCUGGAGCACCCGCUGCGAGUACCCAAACCCAACACUAUAGAGCUGAUCGCCAUGGACCUGCCCAUGGUGAGCGGUGACCGAAUUCACUGCCUGGACAUCCUGUUCGCCUUCACCAAGCGUGUGCUGGGUGAUAGCGGCGACCUGGACAUGAUGCGUCAACAGAUGGAGGAGCGCUUCAUCGCUGCCAAUCCGUCCAAAAUAUCUUUCGAGCCCAUCACUACAACUCUACGGCGCAAGCAGGAGCACGUGUCUGCUUCCAUCAUCCAGCGCGCUUACCGCGCCCAUCUUAUUCGCAAAGGCUUCAUCUGUAAAAGGUUGCUAAGCAGCGGCAGGCUGGAGAACGGGGGAACCAAUCAGGACAAGAAGGAGGGGACGCCUUCAACUGCCUCGCUGCCGUCUUACGACAGCGUGACCAAACCAGAGAAGGAAAUCCUGGAUGAGAGCGACAAAAAGGCCAAAAACCAAAAAGACGUCAAGGAAUCGAAGUGUUAGGAACGAUGGUGCGGUGAGACUGAACUGAGUCGAAACUGAAACUAUCUAUUUCAAGUGUAUAGAACAAAUCAUUUGCAACUAAGUCACAGAAAAUCUUUGGAAAUAAAGGGUUGUUUACAGAUAACAAAACCGUUGUUCACAGAUGCGACAGGAAGCAGCUUGGUUUUUAGCAACUGAAUGAUGACCAAACCAAUCUAUGAGCUUACUGUGAUACAUCUGUGCUCAGUGACCAAGAUUUUACUGUUUCAACCGCAGCCGACAAGGCAUGUGCGAGGAGAAACAAAACAUGGCAGACAUCUUUGAUAGGGACCACCUGCCAGAGGACCAAGCAGUACAAAGAGAUCUAAAAGCUCAUAAAAACAAAUUCCUUUUUACCACAAUGUGUGGAGUUCAGCAUUCCUCCGCUUUCAAACACUACACUGCCGAAAUCCAAUGGAAACCUCCCACUCAUCCCAGGAGGAUUCUGGGACGUUGUGUUUUAACCAUAAGACAAGCAGUAAGAACAAUGUAAACUCGAUCACUGGGAGUAUCCGUCAAGUAAAAAAAAAACAGAACAUUAUGCAAGGGUUUCCAGUUGUUCGCGGUGAAUAUAUCACCCACGCAAAGUAGGGAAAAAAGUUCUGCCCACGCCACCCAUCUCGUCAUCAUCUCUUUGUUAUACUUGCCGAAAAAAGACAUUUUAUACAUGGACUUUCACGUUGAUAUUGGGACGGGGGUUUAUCAGGGUUUGGGCUGAACGGGACUUAUUCAGACCAAGUUCCAGAUAAAUAACUAAAUAAUUGUGUGCUCGUUCAAUGCAUAGAAAUGACUUGCAUGGUGGCAUGUUUUGAUCAGGAAUCAUGCAUGUAUAAUCAUAGUCCACUUGACACUGCUUCUCAGACCACAUCAGUGGCCUGACCAUACAUUGGAUAUUGUCCACUAGUAUUAAAUUUAAAUAGCUAUAGCUGGGAAAUGAUUGGUUACUAGUAACAUAUUUAACUACUGACGAGUAUAUUUGUACUUACCCCUCAUGAAGCUUGCUUCCUGAUUAACUCACUCUCAUAACAUGCGUCAUGUGAGUAUUUUUUAUCGGUCGGAUGUACAAACGCAUUCAUGCACACAAAAAGGUGUUUCACUGCCCUAUACUUGAGGAAGGGUUGGAACGAUGAGCUAAUCUGGAGAAAUGUUUCAAUGAAAUCAAAUCCUGGGUUCAUAAACCUCGAUUUGUUUUUGCACCAGCAAUACAAUACGAUUCAACUGCCCCUCAACGUGCAGCUGAGGCUCCAGUAGGGUCUUCAAAAGUUACAGCCACCAUGCCAUUUUAACACUUACAACGCUUUGUCAGUCGGGACCAGGCCUCAGCGGGAGGCGAAUUCUUCAUUGCAGAUAUUUUGGACAUGUCUAUACGUUCUCAUGUUUACCAUUAAAAGAUUGUCAGUUUUGGUUAUGUUUUGUCUUAAAGGUGUUGAGCAAAGCAAUCAAGUAGCCAUUUUGAUGUUAACAGCUCCCUGUUGAAUGAUAGACCUUGGAUCAUAGAUAAAUUAUAAACUUUGGCCUUAAACAGCAGAAAGACACAUAAGGCAGAACGUUUCUAUUUUAGUAACAAUAAUUAUACAAGAAAUUGGCAUUUUAACAUUAACCGAAUUGGCCAUUUUUUUGAGCAAACUGCCAUCUCUUCUUGCUCAUUCUUGUUUUUAAUGCUUGUCCUGGUGUGGGCUAGCCCAAUAUUGGUGGACCAUAGACAACAAGAUGCAAUGGUGAUAUAUACAUAUGGGGUCCUCGGUUGGCUUACCAGAGAUUAUGAAGGACACUCGUAAGGUAUCUCAGACUGCUGGGGUCAGUAAAUGUACAGUACCUUACCAGAGCGAGUGUGUGUUUGGGCAUGCGGGAAAGAGCACACAACUAGUUUACAAACCCAAUUCCUUUACGACCUGCCUAUGCUGUAGGUCUGCUUACUGCCUGAGGUCUCCAAAUCAGCGUGGGUGCUGUGGACCUAAACCAAAAUGGGGCCCAGUUAAACCCUUAGACUACCGUGUAGUUUUUCCUCACCCCGUUUCAGUUCAGAUGCAAUGGGGAGAAAUAUAAAAUCACCACUGUCUCUCACCACUGUUAUGACAGUUAAUGUAUCAUUCAAUGUACAGAAGGGGGCUAUGAUGUACAUGGCACAAUUGCUUCAAAGAAUGAACUUUUUGAGCAUUGUAAUAUAUUAUUUUCUUUUCAACGGCAUGCUUUGUUGUGGGUUUUGUAAAUACAGAAUUUUAAAGAAUUACUGCUAUUAAUCUAAUAAUAAAUUAUAACAAUGAUAUAGAA